AUGUCACAAACAAAUCGAGAACGAAAUUUUAAAAGAAAUCCUAGAGGGGGAUAUAAUAAAAAUAGGCGAUUCAAUGAUCGAAAUGAAGGGUUAUGUUUCAUUUGUGGGCAACCAGGUCAUAUUUCUCGUGAUUGCACUGGUGGGGGAUCAACAAAACAUCAAGAUAUAGAAGAAAACCAACUUAAAACAUUAUCUGACAAUUUUAGUUCAUCUGAAUUAUCUUAUGAUGGCUCUGAUAAAAUCGUUUUCAUACCACAAGGCGAUGACCUUAAAGGGUUGUGGAAAAGUAUGAUAAAGAGAGAAUUAGUCAAUCAACAUAAAAUGAGGCAUUUUAUUACGUCGUGCCUUGCAGCAUCAGACAAAAAGGUGGGGCAUGAAGUUGAACAGCUUGUCUCAGAAUUGGGCCGGGCUGAAGGUCUGAAACGUAUAAGAGAAAUUGUCAUGUUUCCUAUGUCAGUGGAUGCUGGACUUGCUAGCGCAACUGCUUCUUUCCAGCGUGUGAUAUUGCCAUUCAUGGCACUGUUAACUCGCUCAGGAAUUACUGAGUGCAAUAUAGAGAAAUAUGUUCAUCCAAUAUUUUAUACUGUUUAUACAAAUCUGAAACCGUUUAUGCUUGAAGGUGUUAUUCCUAUGUUAGAGACUUUAGUUCAAAGAAAUGAUAUUUCUGACAGAAGAACAAAUAAAUCUUUGUUGCUUGACGAUGAUUCAAGUGCAUUCAUACCUACUUCAAUGGGCCAAUUCUUCUUGAUCAUUGUAAGAUUGUGUAAUGAAUUUAUGAAGCGUAUAAAGGAGGCGUCGAUUAACGAUACAAUGUCCAAAAUUGUUGAUAGGAUCGAACAAGCGAAAAGAUUGUGGAAAAAUUCCCUUGAUCAAACUACUGAAAAUGUAUAUAGCGAACCACUUGUUUCUGAUAUUGAUCGUCAAAAAUAUUUUUUCAUGAUCCUUGAUAAGGAAAUAAAUAACAUGAAUAAAAUGUUAAAUAAUGGUCAACGCAGCUUGUCACCUCAAGAAACUCGUCCAAAUUCAUCAACAAAAUCUGAUAGUUCCAUCACGUAUUAUCGUAAAUUGGCUAAAAAAGUUGCUUUAAUGCAUGAUUAUGAUCCUCCGGGUGAACUUUCCAAACAUGGACCACGCCAUGAUAAUGACUUUAGUGAAAUAGCAAAAAUUUCAAUUAUUCCUACUAAAAAUGAAGUUUUAUGUAAACGAGAUCCAUUUUUACCAACAACAAAUAUGGAUGACUCUUUACAUUAUCUGCCAAAAGGUUCUCAACGCCUUCUUGAUACACAAUUUCGCCUUCUUAGAGAAGAUUUGAUGUGUCCUAUACGUCUUGGUAUUGUAAAUUUCAUUGAAUUUUUAAAAUCAUCUGAAAAUAACGCAAAAAUUAAAAAAUUACGAGAACGUGGAGGGAGGCAUAAAUAUGAUAAUGCCAUGGAUGGAACGAAUGGAAAAUGGAAUUUACGCAACCCCCCAAUGCGACGCUAUUCUGAAAAUAAGCAAAGUCGAGUGCAGUAUUGGAGCAAAAGUAGAAAACUCAUGAAUGGAAGUUUGGUUUGUCUGCUUUGGCCAUCCAAAAAUGAUUCAUCCGACAAUGACCCUCAAUUUUCUUUAUUCUUUGGAACCGUGUCACUUCGUGAUGAAAAUUUGUUAGCGCAAAAGCAACAUACAGCAAUGAUUGAUAUCAGUUUUAUUGAUACAUCAAUUUAUAUAAUUGCUUUGAAAGAAAUAAUGAAAAAAAAUUCAAAUAAACAGACAAAAGGAUGUUUUAUGGUCGAAUCUACUGGAGUGUAUUUUGAAUCAUAUUUCCAUAUUUUAAAAACUCUACAACAAACUUCAUCAUCUCCUAAUCUUCCUUUUGAAAAAUAUUUGGCACCACAAGUAAUCGAAAAUUCUUCGUUUGCCUUCGUUGACCCACCUACAUACGCUCGAGCACCUGGAUUCGAAUUUGAUUUGUCUGCGAUUCUUGAAGAUAAAACCAAACAACUUUCACUAAACGUUGUUGACACAUCUUCUCAUAAAACUGUUAUUCAAAAUCUUAAAGAAUUAAGUAGACUUGACGAAAGUCAAGCGCAAUCCCUUGUAUAUUCUUUAUGCCGAGAAAUUGCAUUGAUUGAAGGACCUCCUGGGACUGGAAAAACUUUCGUCGGUGUCGAAUUAAUGAGAGUGUUGUUAGCGAAUCGGAAAACUACAAAUAUAGGACCAAUAUUAACAAUUUGUUUUACUAACCAUGCGUUAGAUCAGUUCCUUGAGAAUUUAUUAAAGGUUGGAAUCCAGAAUAUUGUACGGUUGGGCAGCCGAUCAAAAUCCGAUAUUAUUAGAGGGUUUAACCUAGAAGAGAUAUGUCGGAAUCGUGCUCGUUCUAAACAUCAAGGGUGGUUGUUAGCUCAAGGAUAUAAGGAACUUGAAGAAAUUCAAAAAGAGGCAGAAAGGCUACAAAGUAAUUUAACUAAUGGAGUGUUAGACUGGAGUGAUGUUACUUUAUAUUUGAAAGUGGAAUACCCAGAUCAUUUUAAAAGCUUUCAAAAUCCAGAUAUACCAGACUUUUUAUUCGAAGGCACAGUUGAAGAAGAUGAUGAUGAUGGAGAAUGGAAGCAAGCGAAACGUAAAAGAAAAAAAAAGCGGUCAAUAUUUCGUCAAUGGGUUGAUGGAAAUGACUUGCACCUUGCACAGAUUUACGAACAAAAUUGGCUUCUUUCUUGGACAAGACCCACAAGCAAUCGAUCUUUAGAAGAGCUCAAACUUGAUUCCAAAGUUUGGCAAAUGUCUAGUGGCGAAAGAGCAACUUUGUUCUCAUUUUGGAAAGAGGAAAUUCAAUCUGAGUCUUUUGAUGAACUUGAUAAAAUUCAAGAGUCAUUUGGAGCGAAAACAAAGGAAGUUGAAGAAAUUUACAAUGAAGGUCGCCGUCAGAUUCUUCGAGAUUGUGAUGUAAUUGGAAUGACAACCAAUGGUGCUGCCAAAUUUCAAAAUUUAAUUCGCUCUAUUGGACCACGUAUAAUUAUUUGUGAAGAAGCGGGUGAGGUCUUAGAGGCACAUAUUUUGAGUGCACUAACUCCAGCUACUCAACAAUUGAUCCUUAUCGCUCCGCCCUCAUUGCUCUACAUACUCUUUAACAUUCUUUUUGAACGUCUUGUUAAUGGUGAUCAGACAAUGCGUCUAGAGAAAUCGCAAUUACACACGCAAAGACGGAUGAGAAAAGAAGUUUCUGAUUUAAUUCGGCUCACACUCUAUAAUAAACUUGUUGAUGAUGAAAAAACUGUUAGUUACCCAGACGUACGUGGUGCUCAGAGAAAUGUUUAUUUUAUGGAUCAUCGUCAUCCUGAAGAUUCAGGAGAAAAUGAUUUUGUAUUAAAUUCACAUUCAAAUACAUUUGAGGUUGAGAUGGUAGUUGAACUUGUUAAGUACUUUGUUCGUAAUGGUUACAAUAAACCAAGUCAAAUUGCGGUGUUGACACCAUACCUUGGUCAACUUAUUAAAAUAAGGGACGCUCUGCAAAAAUCAUUUGUUGUUGUAAUCGACGAACGUGAUGAUCAAAUGAUUACUAAUAUGGAAGAAGGCAUGGACGUUGAAAAUGAAAAUACAGAUGGAGGGUCAACGACUUUCACUACUGCUUCUGAAAAGAAAUUAUCUCAACAAGUUAUUCUUCGUACAGUUGAUAAUUUUCAAGGAGAAGAAGCUGAUAUAGUAAUUGUAUCACUUGUCCGUAAUUGCCAAAAUAUGGAACGUGGGAAUAUUGGAUUUUUGAAGUCAAGAAAUCGUUCUAACGUUCUCUUAUCUCGUGCAAAACAUGGAAUGUAUCUUCUGGGAAAUGCAGAAUUGAUGGAAAAGCAUUCAGAUUUUUGGAAGAGAGUUUUGCUAAUUUUACACGAACGUGGUCAAAUCGGUCCAGGCUUCCCGAUUUUAUGUGCACAACAUCCAGAUUAUAAGAAUUCCAUAUAUGAAGCCAUGCAAUUCAGUGAAAUUUCCCCUGAUGGUGGUUGCUUCGAGCCAUGCCAGCAACAAUUAAAAUGCGGACAUACAUGUCCAUAUAAAUGUCAUUCGGAUGACCCACAGCACGUUGGCGUUUUUUGUAGAAAAGAUUGUAUGAGAUUGCACUCCGAUUGUCAACAUCCUUGCUUAAAUAAAAUGUGCGGAGAGGAUUGUGGCAAAUGCUUAUUCCCGGUUGAAAACAUUGAAUUGCCAUGUGGACACGAAUAUAUAGAUGCUAAGUGUGACGAUAAGAAAAAUAAGGAUAGGCUCCGUUGUCACGAAGAAGUGCGAAGGAAAUUGCCUAAAUGUGAACAUGAGCAUUUAAUGGAGUGCUUUGAAUCAGUUGAUGAUUUCGAUUGCACAGAAAAAUGUAAAAAAAAUCUUCCUUGUGGGCAUUCCUGCAUGUCCAGAUGCUUCGAAUGCCAGAAGUUUUCUAAGAGAGCAAAUCCAGAUGAUCAUUUGGACAGUGAUGGACGAACUGUUAGAUCACAUCAUGGAAGAUGCACACAGAAAUGUGGAAGGACCUUAUUUUGUGGUAUAAAUAUUUCUGCUUCUAAAGAUGUCAUGAAGGUCAACCGUGCAAACCUUGUAGAAAUUACUGUGAUGUUUCUUGCAUGCAUUCGAAAUGUAAACAAAUCUGUGCUGAACCUUGCUCCCUUGUUAAAUUUUAUAGCAUGUGAAUGGCAAUGUGAACACGAGGGUGCUUGCAAUUUGCCAUGUGGUGUACCUUGUAUCCGACUUCCAUGCGAUUUGCGAUGUGAAAAAUUAUUAAAGUGUGGGCAUCAAUGUUUCGGUCUUUGCGGCGAAAUAUGUCCCCCACCGAAGUACUGUGUAGAUUGCACUACAGAUGUUAACGUCAAAAAUCAAGUUGUCGAUUUGAUUAUGCAAGAAACAUUUGCGGAAGUGGAUUGGACUCUUGAAAGAAUGGUUGUUUUACAUUGCGGUCAUGUAUACACAGCAGAAAGCCUCGAUAAUUGGAUGGAUAUGAAAGAAUAUUAUGAAAUGGACAACGACAGCAAUUGGAUCCAAGUCAAGUCAAUUACUUCGCAUCUAGGAGAGUCUAAAAAAUGUCCACAAUGCCGCGCUCCUAUUAAGAAUGUUUAUCGUUACGGAAGAGCAACAAAGAAACAUGUCUUGGAUGUACAAAACAAAAAAUUUUUGAUUAAAUGUGAUAUCCAAUUGAAGGAACAAACUAAAAAAACGACGACUGCUACAGCUCAAUUAGAAAAUAUGCGAAAGAGAUUGUUGGAGGAAAUUAAAUUACCUCCAAAAAUGCAAAAAAACAAAGAAAUGAACAUUAUGGAAAGAGAAUCUAAAUUUAAAGCAAUUCCAGAAGUUAUACCAACCGAGCAAUAUACAUCGAUUGAAAAAUAUUACCAUAUUCCAACGACGCAUGCAGAAAAAUGGGAAAAACAUAUAUUAGUACUUUUAGCCAUAUAUCGAAAUCUGAUGAGACUAAUGUUGGCGACUAAGUCUCCACCAUAUAAACUUGCAUAUGAGGCUGCUGUAUCUCGACUGUAUGAAUCUAAAACCAAAAUCAAUAUGGAUGACCUCGUCAGCAAUUUCGAAUCCUUGAAUAUUUCAAACUAUGACUCUCCCGCUCAUCAACGUGAUAAAUUCCAGGAAACUUUGGCUGAAGUUGGGAUAAUUGCUCCUAAAUUGGAUGUCCGCAUGUUUCUUGAUGCAUUUUUCUGCAUAGUUAACAUCCAAAAGGCAAUCUUUCACGAAGUUUCUAAGAUUAUUCCAGAGUUGCCAAGAGAAACCAAUAUAGAAAUAAAUUCAACAACUCAGCGCGUUUCUUAUAAUAAAAAUUGGAUUAACUUUGGUGGACAUGUUAUCGAAACCGUUAGAAAACACCUUGAUUCAAUAAUUACUAUAGCUAAAGAGAACCAAUAUCGUCGUCAUCUUGUUCUGGCAUCGUUGGAGUUGGCGGAGUUUGAAGUUAAAGCUGAGAGAUUUAAACUCAAGUAUCCCCCUACAGGCACCUUAAAUCCUAUAAUUCAAGAGUCUGUCAAGAAUAAAUGUGCUGGAAUUGAGAAAAUAUGUAUACAAAUUUGUGAUGAAGUACUUCCUAAAAUGAAUGUUGAACAUUUUGAAAAAGAAUGCAAAUCAAGAGUCGAUAAAAUUCUUUUGGAAGUUGUGGAUCUUCAUGCUGCUGCUAUGAGAGAUAGACCUUUAACAUAUGAAGAAAAGCUGAACAUACAUAAAGCAAUGAGUACUGAAUUUCAGGGAUCAGGGCAUUGGUAUGAAUGUCCAAAUGGUCAUGCUUAUACGAUUGGAGAUUGUGGAAAUGCCAACCAAUCGAGACGCUGUCCGGAUUGUGGUGAAGCAAUUGGUGGAGAAGGUAUACUCGCUGCUCGAAACAGACGAAAUAUGGAAUUUGAACAUAUGCAUUCCUGA